AUGGAAAGGGGGAAAUUGAGGAAGUUGAAAUCAGUGUUCGAUUAUUCUCCCACAAGGGUUAAUGAUCAGUAUCUCACCAAUGUUCUCCUAAAGAUAAAUGCCAAGCUUGGUGGAUUGAAUUCUUUACUAGCUAUGGAGCGCUCACCAGCAAUYCCUUUAGUAACACAAGUUCCUUCSAUCAUUGUUGGGAUGGAUGUAUCCCAUGGUUCCCCGGGCCACUCUGAUAUACCAUCAAUUGCUGCGGCAUGGCCACUUAUCUCAAAAUAUAGGGCGUGUGUGCGUACACAAUCACGCAAAGUGGAAAUGAUUGAUAAUCUCUUUAAACCCGUCUCUUCUGACAAAGAUGAAGGAAUGUUCAGGGAGCUUUUGGUCGACUUUUACUCAAGUUCAGUGAAGAGAAAACCAGAUCACAUCAUCGUUUUCAGGGAUGGUGUGAGUGAGUCUCAGUUCAAUCAAGUUCUCAAUAUUGAGUUGGAUCAGAUGAAGGAGGCAUGCAAGUUUCUUGACUCGAAAUGGGACCCUAAGUUUAUAGUGAUCGUUGCUCAGAAGAACCACCACACCAAGUUCUUCCAGARUGGAGGCCCUGAUAAUGUUCCUCCAGUGUUAGCUUAA